CGUAUUCGAUUCAAGCAAAAUGGCCUUGAAGAAGAAAAAAACGACAAAAUUUGAAAACGAACAAUUAUACAUGCUUGAAAUUCUCGUUGAUUGUUUAAAUUUGUGUCCUGAGAAAAUUAUUAAUAACGAAAAACACGAUUUGAUGAUACGUGUAAACUUCAUUGAUUUCACGUCUGUCGAUAUCAUCGCCAAAGAAUUAGCUCAGCUCAAAGAUAAAGAAAGUAAGAACAAAAAAAGACGAUUCUACGAUGAGUGUAUCAACUACGAGGGUAAGACGUGUCUGUUCAUUCAAAUGCCAAGUAAUUUAAUACGAUCUAUAAAAUCGAAUCCUCUGAGCGUCGAAGUGUAUCGAAAUCUUCGCGAAAAGGACCGUAAUCCGCGAGAUGACGCCGGUCAGGUUCUUAUCUGCGCGGCAACGGCAUUUCUGCCAGUAAAUUUCUGCAAUUGUGUAACCAUGGCUAAGGACAAGAUAGACGGACUAUCAAAUCCGUAUACGCUGAUGCAGGUUUACACCUUGACCGACGAGCAAGGGCAUCCCUGCGGAUCUAUUUCGAUGUAUUUGAGACUGUCGUGUUUCGGAAGCUCCAUUAUCAAUCAUCUUACGCUUCAUGAAAAAUCGUAUGUGUUUCGAGGAUUUCCUCUCGGUGCAAAAUUUGUUGGUUCCGCGAAACUGUCCGACAAAAAUAUAAGCGAUAAGACAAAUAGGAUGAAUCGCGACGACAUGUUCUCAUUAUUGAAUAAGAUUUUGGAUCCCGCAUAUUCGAAAUUAAACGACGAAAAAGAUGUAGAUACAGAAGCGCGUUUCGCGUUGACGAAACCAGAAUCGUUACCUAGUCUAUCAAUGAACCAACCGGGAUUCGAAAAGCUAACGAGCGCUGAGAAACUAAACGAUCGCAAGUAUCGCGGUUUUGUUUACGAGAUAUAUCCGAACGAGCCUACUUGUUCAUGUCUACCGACAAAUCAAUCAACGCAUCCUAUGAUAUGUCGUUCCGGAUGCGUUCACUCUUGUUGUAUGGGUUUGAAAAAUCCCGAUAUUCUUAAAAACGUUCCAUCGCUCGCUCCUGAUUGCAUCGAUAAUUUACAUUUAAGUGAGGAACAGGACGUAAAUUAUGACAAUAUGAGAAUAAGAGGUGGCAAGGACACAGACAAUAAUCAUUUAAAUAGCAAUGCGGCAUGGAACAAGGAGUAUACGGUAUGGAAUGAGUGGUACAGAAAUAACAAUUUUAAAAAUCGUAUGAAGGGUGGAAGCGACUAUGGUGCGUCGGCGUACGCGGCUUCCGAAGCGACUGUCAUAUAUGAAAAGAAUAAGGAAACAGGCAUUAAGUCACCGUACAAAUCACGUCCAGAAACUCCGGAUAAUGGAAAGAGUUGCGUUUGUCCGGAGAAGAAUCUGUCGUCUUGGAGAACGGGGGCAAACCCGUCGUGCACGAAGAAACCUUGCGUGGGCGCAGAUUGCAUGAUACGUGCCUUUAAGGAGGUUCAAGAUUUCGUGGACUCGAUUGGCAAGGUGCCGGGCCUGGUAGGUCUCGGCUUGAUGGAUCCGUCCGAGAGUCCCUAUUUCAGAAGAGAAAUUGAUAAAGAUUAUGCCGUCCAGAAAACACCGAGUGAGAAAAAACGAGCGUAUCCCCUUCCGACAUUGCCGAAUUUACAAUGUAUCACCCCUUACAAUACCCAGAUUAGUAAGCCCGUUGUCAGUGUUCCUUCUAUAACUUACACGACUUCCAUUCCCAUGACAGUGGUUCCAGGACGCACUGGUGUCGUACGCGAAGCGAUACCGACAUUCCCGGAAGCGACGCUAGUCCCGAUCUCUGUUAAGAAGAAGAAAGAGGAGAAAAAGGAAGAAAAAUUGGAGAGACAGAAGGAGAAAGAGUUGGAAGUUACGUCGACUGUACCGUCGGAAAUCGACAUCGGUCCCUGCGGCGAGCCAAAAUGCAAAUCUCGCCGAAAAAAAUUGCUCAAUACUCCCGCAAACGUGACGUUAUCGCAAACCGUGGAAGAAGCGCAGAAAUCCUCGAUACCGCCGAGUACGAUAUCGCCGACCAUCGGGAUGAAGAACAUUAAUCGUUUCAUCAAAAAACAUCCGAAAGGUAAACUUCCACCUGGUCCGAGUGGAGAUCGCAACAUUACGACCGAUGUCUACCCAAUUAAAGUUAGCAAACGCGUGAUGCGCCACAUUUACUCGAUCGGAGACGUUUAUCCCGGGACUAAUUACGGCCACAAGAACUGCAUCGAUCCGCGAAUGAGGGUGCCAGCCAACAUGGGCUGGUUAUGGAACGUAAGCUCGAUGGUGGGCACGCUGAAAUAUCCGCGUAUGGGUUGGAAACCGGGCGCGAUUGACCGUUUCUUGAACGUAUUGCUGAAAAAAGCUAAGGAUGCUUCCCUCAUAGAGGAUCAGAGUCGAUCAAAGUUGACACCUUCGCGCACCGCCCUGCGACGCAGUCCCCCCAAGUUGUUCAAGAGCAUAAGUUACAUUUCGCUGAAGAAGGAGGGCGAGGAUGAAGUGGAGCCGCCGCCUACCUUGCACAUCCACCGGAAGGACGGCACGUAUUACGUGACGAUGUACCCGAUUCGGCAGGAGAUCGCGGAUGUGCCGCAGCUCGAAGAGCCGAUGAAGCCGCUUCAGUUCAAGAUAGUACGCAACAAGGACGAUGCCUCCGUCGCGACGAGUUCCACGGCGUCGGAUAUGGAAAUAGAAUUCUCGCCACCGGCGGCGGUCAGCAGAUACCGCAAGAAACCCGACGUAAUUCACGUGGACACUCAGGUCAGGCAGCAGGAGAUCCUGGAUGCCUUCAAGACGAUAGUCGUCGACGUAAACGAAAAAGAAGUACCUAAGAGGAGGGAAAGGAGGAUCAGAAGAGCAAGGAGGUAACGAAACCUUGCCCUCUCCCCGCCACCGCGCUUAUCGUUAGCAUCGCAUCACGAAAGGAAAGCAGCAUUAUCGGAGGACUCACCAAUGACGGCACAUUGAUUGAAGAAGAUGCACAUAGAAGAAUGACAAGCUCCACGCAGUUUAUCGAAAUUCGAGUUAAUUAAGCCGGAUAUCACGAAACUCUCUCUAGCACAAAACACCACCGGA